UUAUCCAGCUAUGGAAUACCUGUUGGAGAUGCAUGGUAAGAAUUUAUCACUUCAUGAGACUUUAGCAUGGAACAAUACAAGUUCCCUACUCAACGAUCACACUGAUACCAAUGGUACUUUACCUAUAGACUUAACAAGGGCUAUGAUCAUUGGAUUCACUCUUGGAGCCUUCUUUUGUGUGGCAAUAGUGGGCAACAUUAUGGUCAUCAUCUCUGUGGUCACCAACAGGCAACUGAGGAUCCCAACCAACUACUUGAUAGUCAACCUGGCCAUUGCUGACUUGUUGCUGAGCACCACAGUGCUCCCCUUCUCUGCUACCUUAGAGAUUGCCGACUUCUGGGUAUUUGGGAGGAUAUUUUGUGACAUUUGGGCUGCCAUGGAUGUUCUAUGCUGUACAGCAUCCAUUUACAGUCUUUGCGCCAUUUCUAUAGACAGGUACAUUGGGGUUCGUUAUUCGCUUCGGUAUCCCACUAUAGUGACAAGGAAAAGGGUCAUACUAGUUCUGUUGGGUGUCUGGAUCUUGGCUUUAGUGAUCUGCAUUGGACCAUUACUGGGAUGGAAGCAGCAGACUAAUACCAAUGAGGCUGUGUGUGAUAUCACCACAGAAACAUUUUAUGCCAUAGUUUCAUCUUUGGUUUCCUUCUAUAUCCCCUUGACUAUCAUCCUGGUGAUGUAUUGCAGAGUUUAUGUGGUGGCCAAGAGGAUCACUAAGAACCUGGAAGCAGGUGUCAUGAAAGAAAAGAUGGACUCCAAAGAGCUGACCCUAAGAAUUCACUGCAGAAACAUGAAUGAUGUAUCAUCCAACAGCAAAGGCAAGAACCAACAGACUCGCAGUUCCUUAUCUCUGAAAUUACUUAAAUUCUCCAGGGAGAAGAAGGCAGCCAAGACUCUGGGGAUUGUGGUUGGUUUGUUCAUCUUAUGCUGGCUACCAUUCUUCAUAGCUUUGCCUUUAGGAUCAAUCUUCAAAGAGUUGGAGCCACCAUUAACAGUGCAAAAAGUGUUCUUCUGGCUUGGAUAUUUUAACAGCUGCAUAAAUCCCGUCAUUUACCCCUGUUCCAGUAAGGAGUUUAAGAGAGCCUUCAUACGUAUAGUAAGAUGUCAGUGGGGAACUAGGCGAGAAUCUGGUAUACGGAGAACCCAGCUUCACCCUCGGAGUAGCAGCACCUACACCAAUUCAAGGAAAGGAUCUAUGGAUGAAAGGUCUUUUUUGAAUGGCAGCCAGAAGACAGUGUUGUCUUUGGCUCUCGACCCAUGCAAAGCACCUCGAAAGGAAAGCAGCUCUCAUGACUGGAAACCUUCCUACAUUCCAGUGGAUUCAGAUCAAAGACAGACUGGAGAACACAAGGAGCAGGACAGAACAAACAAUGUCUUCACUUUCCCAAGUCCUUCGGACUAUAAUGGGCAAGGGGAAGAUGCCAAAUCUACCUGAGAUCAUCUGAAAAUAAUAUUACACACAUGGUUCUUCUAAGAGUAUCUAUGGACUGUAAGGCCCAGUUGUCUUAAGUUUGGUGGCUACCAGCUUUCAAACAGGACAAAUAACAAUAAGUAAAACAAUGGUGUUUAGUGAUCUUAAACCCAAGACUACGUUUAGUGUGAAAAUGGGAGGACAGAGGUAAAAGAAGAGAACUUUUUAACAAUGCACCAGAAAAAUCACAGGAAAUAAAUUUUUCUACAUACAGUAUAAACUUGCAGGCAAUAGCUGGAGCCAUCUUGCCCUACUAUUGUGUUGUUUCAGAUGGACUAUGCAUAAUGCAGUGUAUACUGUACAAGGGCAGCUGCUUUGUCUGUGAUCUGUGUAUACUAUUGCAACUUUCUAUUUGAUUUCCAGAUGUGUGUGUUAAAAGGUAAUUAAGAGGAUCAUUCACAUCAAAGUAAAAUUGCGAUGGGAUGUAAAAAUAUGACUGCUUAGCUAUGCAAAUCUGAUAUGGGUACCUACAUAUGAGAGUUGCCUUUGUUGUUCCACAGGCUGUGUUCAGUUAUGGUAAUAGCAGCCACAACAUACAUCUAAAAAAGGAAGGCUGCAUGGAAACUUGUUUUUAAAGAGAAGCAUUAAGAUAUUGAGAACGUUACGGCUUAGCAUUGCCAUUCCUAUCUCCUCCUUCAACACCAAAUCUGCUUUAAGCUGAAGACCUGGAAACUCUAUAUAAAAGGCUGUGUAACCCUAGUCUGUCAAAUGAUGCAACUGUACAUCUUUAAGGGGUUGUCUGCUUUUGAGGACGAGGAAUAUGGCUUCAAGUGUUCAAUCUUUCUGUAGCCCCACCACAGGGUAAAUGAAGCAUGUACAUGCUGGGUCCUCCAGUGAAAAGAGACAUUCCUGGUAACUACUCUUGCUAAUAAUGUUAGGAUUCUGUAGGAGCAUCUUUGGAUAUUGUUCAUGUGGCAUGAUAACUGGACUGCCCUGACUGGCACUGCAUUUUUCAUUGCCAGUUGCGAAUUUUGCCAAAACAUUUGACUAGUAGAUUGUGACUGUGCCCCAUUAAAGAGGUUGUGCAAAUGUGGGGUGUUUGCAGUUUGCAACCCCCCUCCCCUCUGGCCAGACCUGUGAAGGGAAGCUUACUUACCAUUUGUCAUGACGCAAGGGGAGAAGGUCACCGAUAGUGAUAGGCUGUGCAUGUUUACAGAGGUUUUAGCCCAGCAGAGCAGCCCAAGCCUGGAGAAGAAGGAGCAGGGAGCCAGUCCAGGGAAGCAUGUAAGCUUUCCUCUUCCCUUCACAGGUCUGGUCAAGAGGAGGGGCUUGCAACUCCCUUUUCCCCCCAAACUUGCACAACCGCUUUAAAGGCAUUUGAUAUAUGCCUAGGAUAUGGCAUCAAUGUGUCAUCAUUAUGGGUCCAGAUGCUGCCUGCAAAAGACCACCAAGCAUGAGAAACAAGAUGCUGAUUCUAGUAAAGUGAAAAAUGGGCCUCAUCAAUCCACUAAGAGCCUUGGCACUUUUAAUGUCAGGACUUUUAGAGGGUUCUAGCUGUCAGGCCUGCAUCAAUUGCGCACUGACUAGAGAUAUGCCAUUAAUACAGAGAACUUUAUUUACCUCUGCCUUUACACAAUGUGAUCGCCAUUUGGCAUUCUGCUUCCAAAUACAAAGACUUCUAUUAACAACUACAAGUGGGGUGACCACCUCCAUGAUUGUAUCCUAUGUGCUUGAUAGUUUGGUCACAAGAAUUGUAUAUUAUUACAUUUGAUAGUUUUUGUUUCAUGCUAAACAAUAAUUGUUACCUAUAUAAUGAUUAUUAGUUAUCUGUUGUCCUCAUUAUAGAUAUAGUGUUUCAACAUGUACAACACAUUUAGGCCCCCUAAGCCCUCUCUCUAGAACUUCAAAUAUCCCUAGUAGGUGUACUUUCUGGAAGACACACUAUAGGAAAUACAGUGGGAGGAUCUUGCAAGGAACAAAUCAGUGCCACUUCCUUAGUGGCACCCAAUGGAUAGCUGCAGCCCUUAUAUUAUAAUUACAUAUCUCAAUUAAAGAGGUUUUCCAGUAUUUUCAUAUUGAUGGUCUGUCCUCAGAAUAGGUCAUCGAUAUGAGAUCGGCAGGGGUCUGACUUCUGCCACCCCCACCAUUUAGCUGUGUGAAGAGGCAGCAGUGUUCUGUGAGCGCUUAAGCUGCAUCCUAGGCCAUGUGACGUCACGCUCAUCUGUCACAUGACAUAGGCACAGCUCAGACCCAUUCAAGUGAAUGGGGCUAAGCUGCGAUACCAAGCACAGCCGAUAUCCAUGGAUGGGGCUAUGCUUGUUAAGCUUCGAGGAGCCAUGGAGCUCACCAAAGCUCUGGUAAGCACCACAGCUUUCUCAAACAGUUGAUCGGCAGGGGUACCAGGAGUUGGACCCCAACCAAUCUCAUAUUGAUGACUUGUCCUGAAGAU